AUGGUUGACCGAGUGAAUACGUUUCUUUUUCGAGCUCUUUGCGGGGUCUUCUUCGUUUUUCUUGUUACGAAUUUCAUCGCCAGAUCGCUGAACAACUUGCAGGACAAGACUUCCCUGGCGAUUUUAGAGAAAAAUAAUCAAAUAACUCUAAGCACUCAAGAAUGCGAACGCAAGCUGACAGAAACCGAGGAUAAAUGGCGAAUGGAAAUGCAGGACAAAAUCGACGGGAUGAAAAAACUGCUGGAUCGUGAAUCUCAGCGUUGCCAAGACAUGGUCAACGGAGCUCCUCCACCAAAGAAAAGCGACGAUGACUCUGGUGGCGAAUCAGUGGAAAGCCUCAAGUCCAUCAUUUCCAGACAAAACUCGAUCAUCGACGAAAUGAGGCUGCAGAUCCAAAAGCUCAAUGGCGAGCUACUGUAA